GUGGCCACUUGUACUGUACUGAUCAGAUCUGCCGCUGUUUUGUAAGCAGGGAGUGUGUUUGUCUUUGCUUCUUCAACCUCCUCCAACUCGAUAUUUUUGAUUCUUCGAUCGAUCGAUUGGGUUUACAGAGAACCAAUCUGAAUAUCACAUAAAAUGGUUUUGAUCAAAACCAUUGCUUUCGCGGCCUUGACCGCUGUCGUCGCCGCCAAGUCCGCCGUUAUCGACUUGAUCCCUUCCAACUUUGACGAUGUCGUCCUCAAGUCCGGCAAGCCCACGCUAGUCGAAUUCUUCGCCCCGUGGUGCGGCCACUGCAAGACACUCGCCCCCAUCUACGAGGAUCUCGCUGGUGUUUUCGAGCACGCCAAGGACAAGGUCCAGAUCGCAAAGGUUGAUGCCGAUGCCGAGCGUGAGCUCGGCAAGCGCUUCGGUGUCCAGGGUUUCCCUACCCUCAAGUUCUUCGAUGGCAAGAGUGACAAGCCCACCGAGUACAACUCUGGCCGUGACCUCGAGAGCCUCGUUGACUUCAUCACCGACAAGACCGGCGUCAAGGCUAAGAAGAAGCUCGAGCUCCCCAGCGAGGUGCAGAUGUUGAGCGACAAGGGCUUCAACGACCUCAUUGGCGGUGACCAGCACGUUUUGGUUGCCUUUACCGCCCCCUGGUGCGGACACUGCAAAACCCUCGCCCCUAUCUGGGAGACCCUCGCCACCGACUUCAUCAACGAGAAAAACGUUGUUAUUGCCAAGAUCGACGCCGAGUCGCCCAAGAGCAAGGCUACCGCUGAGAAGUUUGGUGUUACUUCUUACCCCACCAUCAAGUUCUUCCCUGCUGGCAGCAAGGAGCCCGUUGCCUAUGAGGGCGGCCGCCGCGAGGAGGACUUUAUCCAGUACAUUAACGAGAAGGCUGGCACCCACCGUGUUGCUGGUGGCGGUCUCGACACCGUUGCUGGAACUAUUGCUGCUCUCAACGGCCUCGUCACCAAGUUCACUGGCGGCGCUACCCUGUCCGACAUUUCUGCUCAGGUCCAGAAGGAGGCUGCCAAGAUCACUGAUGCUGCCCAGACCAAGUACGCCGAGUACUACGUCCGCGUCUUUGACAAGCUCAGCAAGAACGACGACUACGUCUCCAAGGAGCUCUCUCGCCUUGACGGCAUCCUGACCCGUGGUGGUCUUGCUCCCACCAAGCGCGACGAGAUCCAGUCCAAGGUCAACGUCCUGAAGCAGUUCGUUGCUAAGGUCGAGGAGGUUGUCGAGAAGGUCAAGGACGAGUUGUAAAAACAAGUCGUCCAUGUUACCCGCCAUGACUAGCAUGUGUGUAAAAGUUUCCAUGUGACAGAUGGGCUACUUGGAUUGUGUUUAUUUCCAGACAGCUACCAAAGUAGAUAUAUAUCAUUUGAUCAUGACUCAUUAACAAACAAGAA